AUGGACGACGAAAUCAUAAUUUUAAAUGUUGGUGGUGUUAAAUUUGAAACCACACGUAAAACUUUAAUUGUUCAUCCAGAAACAACUUUAGGAAAAUUAUUUAAUCCUAAAAAUCCUGAAGCAAUUAAACCAAUUUAUCCUGGUGGUAAUGAAUAUUUUAUUGAUCGAAAUGGCCAUGCUUUCUAUUGCAUUUUAGAAUAUUAUCGCACUGGUCAAGUUCUCUGGAGUGACGAAUUUAUUAAGAGCAAAGAAUUUCCAGUUCCAAAACAUGCUUUAGAAUUAGAAUGCGAAUAUUUUAAAAUUCCAAUCUAUUCUGAAAAAGGUGCUGCUCGUAACUUACAACAAAAUGUUACAAUUAUUGACAAAUUUUGUGAAGGUUUAAUACGUUUUGUUAAUGAAGCAAUGAAUAGAUUUAUCACAAAAGUUAAAGUUGCUUAUAGAGUUUAUGGUUCAGCACCAUCAGCGCAACCAUUUACCAAUUAUGAAAAAGGAAAUUGGUAUGUAGAAUUUGAGAAACAAGGGCAUGGAUUAUUAAGUAAUGAAAGGGUUGUUAGUGCAAUUGAAAAACGAUUGAAGAACCAUUUUCCAUCUAUUAAAGUAAAAGUGGAACGUUUGAGUGAUACCAUGACUUUGAUAAUGGAAGAUUAUCUUGACAUGGAUAGUUUCGCAGAUAACCUUGAUUAG